AUGCUCUUCAAGACACUCGCUGCCGUUCUCUCCCUCACAUCGGCCUUGGCCUUGGCCAGCCCCGUCCCCACCGACACACCCGAUGCCGAUGCCACCGUCGACGGAAUCCCCAACUCCAUCCUCACAGUCCUGGAAACCGCCAUCCCAGAUUCCUGGUACUCGGAAAUCGAGGACCCCGCCUCGCGCUCCAUCAUCAUCAGCCAGAUCGAAGCUGGUACCUACCCAGCCUGGUAUAAUGCUCUCCCCAGCAGCGUGAAGGCCUGGGCUUCCUCCGAUGACAACUUUGCCGUGAACUUUGCCGCUGUCACCACCGCGUCUGACGAUGGUACGACAGCCACUGAGGAUGCCUCGCCUGCUACUACUUCUGCUGCCGAUACUGCCGCCGCGACUGCUACCCAGACAAAGGCCGUUGCCGGUGGCUCUGUCACCUCUGGGUCUGCCUCUGCUUCUCGCGCCGCUGCUGCUUCUAAGACGGCUACUGCUUCUACCCACCCUUCGACUGCUACAUCCACCGGAGGCGCGGCUGUUGCAACUGCGGGUGUCGCUAUGAGCUUUGCCGGUGUUGCUGGUCUGUUGGGCCUCGCUAUUGCUCUGUAA